UCCCGUCUCCUUCGCAUCGCAAUUUUUCCACUUUCAAAUGGCGGCGACCCUAAACCUGCCAACGGCUCGAAUGUCUGCUUUCAGUUCUCAAUCCUAUCGUCUGUCCGCCGCCAGGAAGAUCGGCGGCCUGUUCUUGCCCUACGAAUCGUGGAUCCCAAAUCGAAAAGCUUGCGGUUAUAUAUCAACCAAGAUCACAAACAGCAUGGAUUCUUCUAAUGCCAUGGUUACUACGUUUUCGCCGAAUGGCUCGGUUGUCUCUUCUGGAGAUGAAGGUUUAAGGUUGACAGAGACUUCUGUAAAUUCUCUACGAAAAACAAAAAUAGUUUGUACUAUUGGACCUUCUACCAGUUCGCGUGAUAUGAUCUGGAAACUGGCGGAAGCUGGAAUGAAUGUGGCACGUUUAAAUAUGUCCCACGGUGAUCAUGCAUCACACCAGAAAACCAUAGAUCUGGUCAAAGAAUACAAUUCGCAAUUUGAGGAGAAGGUUGUUGCCAUAAUGUUAGAUACCAAGGGUCCCGAGGUUAGAAGUGGAGAUGUACCACAGUCAAUCCUUCUCAAGGAAGGACAAGAGUUCAAUUUCACCAUUGAAAGAGGAGUCAGUACAGUUGACACUGUGAGUGUUAACUAUGAUGACUUCAUAAAUGAUGUUGAGGUUGGGGACAUUGUACUAGUUGAUGGUGGAAUGAUGUCAUUAGCUGUGAUAUCAAAAACAAAGAAUGUGGUAAAAUGCAAAGUAGUUGAUGGCGGUGAACUGAAGUCUAGGCGGCAUCUCAAUGUUCGUGGGAAAAGUGCGACACUGCCCUCAAUAACAGACAAAGAUUGGGAAGAUAUUAAGUUUGGCGUGGAUAACCAAGUCGAUUUCUAUGCCGUUUCUUUUGUAAAGGAUGCUAAGGUGGUCCAUGAAUUGAAAGAUUAUCUCAAAAGGUGCAAUGCAGAUAUUCAUGUGAUUGUGAAGAUUGAAAGUGCUGACUCUAUACCUAAUCUUCACUCUAUCAUUUCAGCAUCUGACGGGGCAAUGGUAGCUCGUGGUGACCUGGGAGCUGAACUCCCGAUUGAGGAAGUCCCUUUGUUACAGGAAGAUAUCAUAAGAAGAUGUAGAAGCAUGAAAAAACCUGUUAUAGUGGCAACCAACAUGUUGGAGAGUAUGAUUAAUCACCCAACUCCAACAAGGGCUGAAGUGUCCGACAUUGCGAUUGCAGUACGAGAAGGUGCUGAUGCAAUAAUGCUAUCGGGAGAAACGGCUCAUGGGAAGUUUCCAUUGAAGGCAGUUAAAGUGAUGCAUACUGUGGCAUUAAGGACUGAGUCCAGCCUACCGAUAGCCAUCAGUUCACCAGACCAAUCGCCUGCUUUUAAGCAGAGCCAUAUGGGUGAUAUGUUUGCUUUCCAUGCCACCACAAUGGCAAACACUCUGGCGACUCCCAUCAUAGUUUUCACAAGAACGGGGUCCAUGGCUAUAACUUUGAGUCAUUACCGGCCGUCCUCAACUAUAUUUGCUUUCACAAAUGUAAAAAAGGUGAAGCAGCGCCUGAUCCUUUAUCAUGGUGUGAUGCCUAUAUAUAUGGAGUUUACGGAUGAUGUGGAGGAGACUUUUUCACAGGCUUUGAAGCUUUUAUUGAGUAAGGGCCUUGUGGUUGAAGGGCAGGAUGUCACGCUCGUCCAAAGUGGAGCACAACCCAUUUGGCGCCGAGAAUCCACUCACCAUAUUCAGGUUCGCAAAGUGCAGAGCUGAUUGACGUGCUAGAGAGAGAGAGAAAAAAAAAAAAAAAUUCUCAUAGAGAAAUCACUGUAUAAUAUAGCAUUACUCAAAAGUAUAUUAUUGAAUCAUGUAGACUGAAUUU